AUGAUUAUUAUACUUUUAUUGGAUGACUCCAAUAAUCUCCUUGAAGGAGUGCUAAUAGAUUGGGUUGCAGGCUACGUGAUGUCAGCUUUUUACGAAUCGGGUACUUCCAUCCUGGUGUCCAUUCUUCAAGAGGAAGCUCAGAUUGCUGGUGCUUGGGUAUGCUUGAUGAACAUCCCGCAACGGCUUGGAUGGCACGGCCCACUUGGCGCUGCAGCCGCAUUGAGCUUGGAGAUAGUAUUAAACAUUCAGAUCGUGCGUUAUGUCGCGAAGAACCUAAGCAAGAACGUCCGCCGAUCAGCCAUUGAUUCGACAAAGGGAAUAGCAGGAGUACUCAUCCGAGAUAACUUGCUUUAUUUCUUUGCGGUAACCGCAGGAAUAUCCAUGACUUUCUUCAACCAACUACGCACAUUCCAUACGGAACUCUCGUAUACGAAUCCGCAAGCCACAUAUUACAAUCGCUAG